UUUCCGAACCCUACGGGAUGACAGUUUUAGUUUGUGCGGGUUUUUUUUUUCUCUUCCCAUCCCCUCGACCCCCCCGGAGUUGUUAAAGAGUGCCGCUCGGUCCGCCGGCGAACCAGUUUGAGUCAGUUUGCGGGGUCUGUCUCGCGAUAGGGAGGUGGAGCGCAGCUGCGGGGCUGUUUCGUGAAAAUAACAGCAGCAAAUUUCACGAGUCUCCCUGAAAGUUUGGGAAAAGUUAGACCCCCAGAAGGCUGUGGUGCUCGGGCGUCGGAAAGCCGAACCUCUUGAUCAACUCGGGGGGGGGAGAUCCGUCGGCAGCGGUGCUGGCCGGAGCAGACGAAGACAUGGCGCGCCUGGUCGGAGUGUGCAGAGACGGGGAGGACGAUUUCCACUUCCUCGCCCGGCAGAUCCCCCUGUACAUCGAUGACACGCUCACGAUGGUGAUGGAGUUUUCUGAUAAUGUGUUGAAUCUUGAAAGUUACCAGAUUAACAGUUCACAGAUGAAACAAUUCAUACAGUAUCACAGCAUGCUGAAGCACCAAGACCUGAACAUCGCCAUGAUGGUCACGUCCCGGGAGGUUUUCAAUGCCCUUUCUCAGCUGGUUCCAUGCGUGGGCUGCAGGCGCAGCGUGGAGCGCCUCUUCUCCCAGCUCGUGGAGUCGGGGAAUCCGGCCCUGGAGCCACUGACAGUGGGGUCCACUGGUGUCCUCUCUGUCACCCGGAAUUGCAUGGCAGAUGCAAAAAAACUGUACACUUUGUUUUAUGUUCACGGGUCAAAGUUAAAUGACAUGAUUGAUGCCAUUCCUAAAAGUAAGAAGAACAAGCGCUGCCAACUGCACUCUUUAGAUACGCACAAACCCAAGCCCUUAGGAGAGGGAAUUGCAGAGAAAGUUGUAGUAAUAGAUAAAGACCAUGGAGGAGGCAAGAAAGAAAUCAGAUGUAGCAUCCUUUUUCACUUUGGACCAUUUCAAGCACCCAGCAGGGGCAGCUGGAUGGAUGUGUGGGAGCUAAUGUCCCAGGAAUGCAGGGAUGAAGUAGUUCUAAUAGACUCUGCCUGCCUUUUAGAAACCUUAGAAACGUAUUUACGCAAGCAUCGGUUUUGUACUGAUUGCAAAAACAAGGUACUGAGAGCCUAUAACAUUCUCAUUGGCGAACUGGACUACAGUAAAGAGAAGGGCUACUGCGCCUCUCUAUAUGAGGGCUUGCGGUGCUGUCCACAUGAGCGACACAUCCAUGUGUGCUGCGAGACGGACUUCAUUGCACAUCUUCUAGGACGCGCUGAGCCCGAGUUCGCUGGAGGGUAUGAGCGCAGGGAAAGACAUGCUAAGACCAUUGAUAUUGCUCAAGAAGAAGUUUUAACCUGUCUCGGCAUCCACUUGUAUGAGCGUCUCCACAGAAUCUGGCAAAAAUUAAGAGCUGAGGAACAGACAUGGCAAAUGCUGUUUUAUCUUGGUGUUGAUGCAUUGCGCAAAAGUUUUGAGAUGGCAGUUGAGAAAGUGCAGGGAAUCAGUCGACUGGAGCAGCUCUGUGAGGAGCUGUCCGAGGAGGAGCGAGUACGAGAGCUGAAGCAGGAGAAAAAACGACAGAAGCGCAAGAACAGGCGCAAAAACAAGUGUGGUUUCGACAUGUCUGGGCAAGAAGCGGAGGACAAGGAGAAGAGCCCGGAUGAGGGUUCCUCUGAGCCUGUGGAGGGUGGCUGUAAGGCUUGCGGUAGUACAGAGGAGUCAAAUGGUUGUGUUGAAGUCAUUGUUACAAAUGAAAGCACCUCUUGCAGCUGCCCUGGUAAUGCAAUACUGGACUCGCCUAAAACAAAGAAAGGCUUAUCACCCCAUUGCAAUGGAAGUGAUUGUGGUUACUCUUCCAGCAUGGAAGGAAGUGAGACUGGGUCUCGAGAAGGCUCUGAUGUGGCCUGUACUGAAGGCAUUUGCAACCAUGAUGAGUCAGGGGAUUACUCAUGUGGUCAUCGUUGUGUUGAGGACAAGGAGGAGGACGGAGUUGACAGUUGUGUGGAGUGUUGGGCAAAUUCGGAAGAGAACACGAAAGGCAAAAAUAAAAAGAAGAAAAAGAAGAAUAAAAUGUCAUCCUGUGGAAACGAACACUGUCAUAAACCAGGGAGCUGUCUUGUGGAUGCAAACAGAAGGGAGAACGCAGGGAAUGCACACCCUGACCUACACUCCUGCAGAACCAAAGAGAUGUGUGCUAAAGCUUGCUGCGAGUCCUUUGCGAGCGUUGCUCUCCAGUUGCCUUGGGCAGAACAUAGAAAAACAAUGAACCACUUUCCAGCGCCGCCCUUAGAAGCAUCCUACUGUGCUCGUUGGGACAGCAGCACUAAAAGUUUAAUCGAGCUCCUUGAUGAAUCGGAAGGCACUUCUGAUGAAGAAAACUGUCUAACGCAAGAUGAGAUCCAGUCUUUUGUGGAAAACAAUCAGUCUUUCUACAACAACAGAGAUCAGUACCGACAGCACCUGAAAGAUAAAUUUACCAAGUACUGCCGCUCAAAUGAGCAGAAGCAGCCGGUGUGUCGCGGUGGAUGGUUGACCACAAUGGGAGUAAAUUAGUAAUAGAAACCGCAAAGCAGCCCCGUCUCUUUACUGAAACACUCAUAACGACCACUGCGCCUUUUUUCAAAUUUCUAAAGUACAUUUGGUGUCUUGUUCAAUUAAUCUUUUUUUCAUUUUAAAUGUGAUUUCUUUUUUUUUCCCCCCUUCUUGUCCUCUUCCCUUCCUGCCCCACUGUGCUGUUUCUUUCAGACAUCAAUUUUAGGCUGGUGGUGGAGAGCACAUUCAAUAUGAUCCUCAAGCUUUCAAGCUAUGACGUUUGGGUAGAUGUGGUAGCCUGUCUUCUCUUUUAAGCCAUUUUCCGUUUGUUUCUUUGACUGUGACACUUCAUUUUUAGUGGCAAAACGUUCAUGGAAUAAAUGUGUACAGAGAAUUAUCUGAAUAUGAGAUUUUACAGAGAAUACAUCCGUUUAUAAAAUGGUUUGGAUGUGAUGUGAAAAGCGCAAUGUGCAAAAUUUAAAAAAUAAAGAAUAUUUAUUAAUAUGCA